UAAUCAUCCCCGGGCUAGCAACCCCGGCAAGCGAGGAGGAAAAAGCCAAGUGUCCGCAGCCCUGGAAGCAGUGCUGACCGGUUCCCAGCGGUGGCAGCUUGCUCUCCCCCCGGAGGCCCUGUGGAGGUGGCUGGUCCUUCGCAAAGGUCACCCUGCCCUGUGCACGGAAGGCUCUGCCUGCAACUGGGCGCCGCACACAGCAGGAGGUCUGAGGAGGGAGCUUCUGCCUGGCUGGCAUUGCCGCCUUCAUCUCCUCACCAUGCGGCACGAGGCGUUUUGGAGUGCCCUGGAGUAUGCCUGCCGAUUGCUGGGCAUCUCCACUGCAGCAGUGCUGAUCGGCGUGGGGGUAGAAACUCUGCAGCAAGGGCAGUUCAAAAGCCUGGCUUUCUAUCUGCUUUUUUCAGGGGUUGCAGUCACUGUCUGUGAAGGCUUCUUCUUUAUCAGUUUGUUCCUGGAGAUGUGUUUCACAUAUGAGCCCGACUCCCUGGCACACGCCUGCUGGAAGCAAGCUAGGCGCCCGGGGAGCUUCCAGAAAUUCCUGGGGUACACACUGCUCUCGGUGGCAUGCUUCCUUCAUCCCGUCCUCGUCUGGCACGUCACCAUACCCGGCUCCAUGCUGGUGCUCACCGCCCUGGCCUACUUCCUGCUGAGCAAGAGGAGCAAGAGCCCAGAGCACAAAGAGGCACAUCCCCAGGCGGGCCAAUAUGUGGAUCCUACAGCCACCACAGCAGCCUCCACCAUCGCUGGUGACACCGAGCAGACAUACACGUUCCAUGGAGCCCAGAGAGAGCAGCACCGCUCGCUGCUGGGACACAUGAAGAGCAUCCUGAAAGGCAGCAAGGACAGGAGCCUGCCACCAGCAGUCCCUACCCAACCAGAGGCCCCACCAGCUCCUCGCAAGCAAGUUCACUUCCAGGAGAAGGUGGUGCAAAUCAUCCCCUCUGUCAGUGAGAGCCUGGAUGACAUGGAGAGUGAGGCUGAGGAGACCACAUCAGACACAGCACCUAUCCUCACCCCUCCUGAUGCCCCUGUUGUUCUCACUCCCCUCAGCUCCACAGGCCUGUUUUGAGGGCUCACCAGCAGCAAGGACGGGGCAGACACACUUCUGGUGCUGGUGUCCCUCCUUGGGCAGCUGAGGGACCCUGUGCCAUGGGCAGCGCUGCCGUGCAGGACAGAUCACCACAGGCACCGCCAUGGGCCAACCCUGCAGCCACUGAGGAGGAUGAGGGGUGAGGGGGUACAGCACCCAUGCCCCAGCAUGGAGGGGCGGUCAUCCCUGCUCCUCUGCCUUCCCUGCCGUGGCUGUGACAACCCUCCUCCAAGGGGCUGCAGGGCAAAGUGGUCCUGUAUCUGGGGAUGAAUCCGUGGUGGUCCCCAGCCCCUGUGACACCAUGCCAGGUACAGGCCAUGGGCUCGCAGGGGACAGUAAGGUUUCUCCACCCAGGGAAUCUUUCUCCGUGGAUUUAUACACGGCUCACCUCUGUGUAACAGCACUACACGCCACGGCACAGCAGCAGCUCCUGCCUAACGCCACAGCCCUAGCAUCUGCCUGUCUCAAGGCAGCAAGAGGUAGCACCAUCCUCCCUGAGCAGCCUCUGUGAAGGGCAGCUGUCUUCUGCCUGUCCUCACUGUGCUUGGAGGAGCUCAGGGAAACUUGGAGGCACAUCUGGGGCUGGCACCUGCUAAGUGUCCUCCCCCGAAACACACUCUGGGCCCAGCAGAGAAGUCACUUCUGGCCUUGGACACCUGCCUGGGGCUUCUUGGUGUCCCCUGCCCAGACAGCACUUGUGAGUUUGAAGAGCUUCGGGAUGCUGUAGCAGCUCAAGUUACAAGGUUCAGUGCUGUGUUGUUGGCACAGCAGACUGUGUGCAAUUCCCUGUGCAUGUUAAUUGUGGGCCCCAGAGAGCAAAGGCAAUAAUAAAGUUACAAUGCUGCUGCACCGGUCCCCUCUACGCCAGCUCUUCCCUGAACUCUUCACCUCUGCCUUAAUCCUCCCAUAUUUUCUGCCCUUUGAGUACCAUUUACCUAUCAUCAUGCAUUUCUCUCCUGCUCAACCCACCAGGCAGCACCUGUCACCUCUCUGGGGCGCUCCCUUGGCAGUAUGGGGGCAGCCAAACCAGGGCUCCUGUCUCUGCUCCUUGCCCCCUGUAGAAAGGGCCCCACAAUUUAAUCAGUGCCUACAGAUACUCUCACCAAGCCCACCUCAUCAACAUCAGGCAACUCUUUUGGCUCCACGCGGAGAAGAGCUCAGGCAACUGGGAUUGCUCUGACAUGGAUGUGAGGCAACAUUGUCGACUCUGCUGGGACAAAUAACCAUGACUGCUCCAAGCCCAGACACAGAGCGCUGGGGUGAGCGGUGUUUAAGAGGGAAUAUCUCUGAGACUUGCUUAGACUGAUUGUAAAGCAGAAGUCUGUGGGGCUGGAUGUUUUUCUUGGAAAUACAUUACUUUUUCUUUUUAAAUGCUCAGAUCUCUGAGUCACAAUCACCAUGUCCAUUUAGGAAAGCACUGUAUUAUGAAGGGAAGUGGGAAAAUAUAAAGUUACAAUAAAAAGGCAAAUGAUAACCCA